AUGGCGCGCCUCGCCGGCUGCCCGGGCGCUGCCGAAUCGGCCGCGGUCCGGGACGGGUCGCUUGUGCGCGCGCUGCUAGGCGCGACCCUCCUGCAGCUGCCCGACUGCAUGGCAGAGGCCUCCGAUGUGCUGCGAUUCUGGCAGGUCAAGGCGGAAGCCGCGGCCGGGCUGCGGUCGCUGGUGGCAGGCGUGCUGCUUGAAGCGCCAGGCGGCGCGCCGCGGCUGACGGGCGCGGGCGCGUGGGAUGAGGUGCUUCGCGCGGCGCCCUCCCUGCUGCGUGAGAGCGUGGCUGAGCUUGCGGCCCAUCGGCGCCGCCGCCAGGAGGAGGGCGCCGAUGGCGCUGUCGUUGGGGGCAGCAGCACCAGAAGCGGCUGCAUAGGAAGCGGCAACUGCGGCACUGGCAAUAGCGGCAGCAGCAGCGGCGGCAGCAGCAGCGGCGGCAGCGAGCACGGCGGCAGCGAGAAGGGCGGCAGCGAGCACGGUGUCGACAGCCCCAACAGUAUCGCAGAAUUGACCGCCCACGCGGCGCACGAGUUGUGUGCCGCCAUGUGCUCGAUCGUGGCUCUCGUACUGCUGGUCAACACCCAGGAGCCAGAGGGCAGCAGCAGCCGCAGCAGCUGCGGCAGCAGCUGCACAGGGCCGGUGGCGCCGCCGCGCCCACUGGAGGAGCUUCGCGCUGCGGUCGCCGGCGUCUGCGGCUGCGGCCGGCUGACGAGUCAAGCGCUCCUGGCGUUGGCGAUGGUGGAGGCGGCCAGCACCAAGGAGGCUGCGGCGGCGAGCGGAGACACAGCAGCAGGCCAGAAGUUGCGGCCGCUGCUUGCCUGCCUGCUGGCCGACGCGCGCCGCUUGGCCGGCGCGCAGCAGCCAGCGCCGCGCGAGGGCGAUGCUCCCGACACGAGUGGACCGAGGGGCCCCCAGUCCGAGGACCGGGCCAGCCCGAGCCAGCUGAGCAGCGGCACAGGGAGGGGCAGCAGCGGCAGCCGCGGCGGAGAUGCUGGCGCAUCCCAGCGGCCACCGACGCCUGACGAAACAGUCCUUCGAAUUGGCUGCGCCGCGCUGACCGCCGCCGUGCAGCGCCCUGCGGCUGGUGACGGCGGCGGCGCGGGGCUCGUCUGUAGCGUUUGCGUCGGGCGCUCGGACGGCAGCUGCAACACGUUGGACGUGCCGCCCAUCGACGCCGCACUGCGCGCGCUGUAUGCGGCACCGCAGACGGCGGAGCACUGCGCGUCGCUGGCAGCAACGUUGGUGGGUGUGGCUGGUGUCAGGGCCAAGUUGGGCGAGAUGCCCCGGGAGGACAGAUGGUUCGAGGCCCCCGCCUCGUUGGCAACGCUCAACGCUGCCGGCGCCGCGGCGCCUGCAGUGGGCCCUACACAGGAGUGCCUUGCGCCCAGGGCGCCGCGCAGCGGGCGCACCCGCGGCUGCGCGUAUUGCGGGAGGACAUCCGCGCAGGGCGCGGCGCUGCGGCGCUGCGCGGGGUGCGGCGCGCUGACGGGCGUGCGCUACUGCAGUCAGGCGUGCUGCCGCAACCACUGGGUGCGGACGGGGCACAGGCAGCAGUGCGAGGAGGCGCAGAGGGAGCUGCGGGAGCAGAAUGUUCAGCAGCAGCCACGGCAGCAGCAGCAGCAGCAGCAGCAGCAGCGACCGGCCUGUCAGAAGCCGCAGCAGCAUUGA